GACACUGUCUGGAGGAAGCGCCACCUCCAUUGAUUACUAGUCGUCAGAAGCUAGGUGUGGGAGGUCUCCCAUUUGUUGGCAUCAGCAUCGAACGAGUUUUUUCUGUUAAAUAGACCGUCGACUGCCGUUAUUUUCCGCAUUCGCAAUAAAGUAGCUGGUUGCAGCGCUUUUAGAAUGGCCGCCGCAUGUCGCGGGGCGUUCGACUACGGCAGGGCGAUGCGGCUGGAGGCGCAGGGGACGUGGCGCGAGUGGCUGGGGGAGGCGGACCACGCGCUCCUUGCGCCGUGGCUGCGCGACCCCGCCACAUGGGGGGAGUUCGCCGCUGGCGCUGGGGGGGAAAUGGCGGAGGGCGAAUUGGCGCGGAGUGUGGGGGGGAUGGGCGCGGAGCAGAAUGCACUCACAGACGAUGACGUAUACCCGUGCCUGGACGAUGACGUGUACCCAUGCCUGGACGAUGACGUGGACGAGUGGCAUGCCAUGCUGUCUGCCGCCCAGCCAUCCCCCCAUUGCAUUGCGGUGCUGAGGGCCAUCCGAGACGAGGUGGGUCCCCUCAAUGGCGCCAUCAUCCGCAGAGUGGGUUUGGGCGCUCGACCCUCCUCCCCAGCACCGCACUCCACCUCCCAAGACCCCUCCCCCUCCUCCGAUUCUUCUCCCGCCUUCCCCUCACUCCUACCCCACGGGGACGAGCAGGGGCAGAAGGAACCGGAAUGGGAGCAGCAGCAGGGCGAAGCGCAGGCCAGUGCGCGGUUCAAGGUGGUGGUGGCGAGGGCGCUGCAGCAGGUGGGGUGCGAGGGCGCCACUGACAGCGCCCUGGGCGUGCUGACUGACCUGCUGGCCCACCGCCUCAGGCAGAUGGGGCGGCAGCUGCGCGCCACCCCAGCGUCCCUGGCAUCGUUCCUCCUGAGCCCCAAUGCCCCCUCCCGCCCGCCACCAGCACCAGCAGCCCUCGCUGCCUUUGCUGCUAGCCUGGGCUUGCCGCACGCCACCACUGGGGGGGCGGGCUCAGGCAGUCUGGGUGCGAUGGGUGAUAUGGGUGGUGUAGGUGCUGCGCUUACCGCCGGGACUAUGGAUGGAAUGGAUGGGAUUGGGGGAAUGGGCGCCAUGGGCGCGAUGGGUGGCAUGGGUGGCAUGGGUGCAAUGGGUGCAAUGGGUGCUUUGAGCGGGCUGGGCGACAUGGCAGGGAGCGACUCUGUGGCAGCAGCAGUGGCUGCAGCAGCAGCAGCCGUGGCAGCAGCAGCGGCGGGGGGGCUUGACGCUCUUCUCGGUGCUUCCUCGUACCAGCAGCAACAGCUGCUGCUGCACCAACAGCAGCAGUAUCUGCAGCAGCAGCAACAGCAGCAGCAGCAGCAGCAGCAACAACAACAGCAGCAGCAGCAACAGCAGCAGCAACAACAACAACAACAGCAGCAGCAGCUGCAGCAACAGCAACAGCUGCAACAGCAACAGCUGCAACAGCAGCAGCAGCAGCAACAACAACAACAGCAGCAGCAGCAGCAGCAGCAGCAGCAGCAACAACAGCUGCAGCACCAACAACAACACAACCAACAGCAACAGCAGCAACAGCAGCACCAACACCAACAGCAGCAGCAGCAGCAGCAGCAGAGUUCCCCCAACGUGUCCUCAUCGUCUCUUAGUGGCGCCCCUACUGACACUGCUGGCAGUGGCCCGCCCGCUUCCCCCCUCUCUGCCGCCCAGCGGAAGCAGCAACAACAGCAGCAACAGCGACGGCGCCGGCAGCAGCAGCAGCAGAAGCGGUUGCAGCAGAUUCAGCAGCAGCAGCAACAACAGCAACAGCAGCAACAGCAACAGCAGCAGCAGCAGCAGCAGCAGAAGCAGCAACAGCAGCAGCAGCAGCAGCAGCAGCAGCAGACACACCAGCAACAGCAAAACCAGCAGCAGCAGCAGCAGCAGCCGCGUCGCUCGCUGCUGUUGAGUGUAUCCGACCCGAGACACCUCUCCUCCCCACCCUUCAACAACGCCCCCUCGGCUGCUGCAGCUGCACUGGGUGCAGCAGGCAUGGGCAGCGGGGGAGCCUCCCCUCCUCUCCCUCACUCCUCUCUCUACUCCAACGUCCCCUCCUCGCCCUCCUCACACCCUCACCCCAUGCCUCCCCCUCUCACCCCCACUCUCUCUGCCCUCCGCCUCCCCUCCUCCUCCAACCCUCCACCACUCCCUCACUCCCUCGCCUUCCCCUCCCCCACGGUCUCCCCCUCGUCUGGCCCCCUCUCAGGCCCAGCAGCCAGCGCUGCAGCAUCCCGUGUUUCCCCACUCUCCAUCCCCCCCUCCGGUGCUGCCGCUUGGGGAGGCGCUGGCAUGCCGCAGGGCGCAGGGGGUAAGGGGAGGGUUUCUGCUGCUGUCUCCAUUCCUCCCGCUGCUGCUGCUGCUGCUGGCAUUGGCGCUGCUGCUACUGGUGCUGCUGCAGGCGUUGGUGCUGGUGGUGGUGCUGGUGCUGCUGCUGGUGGUGUUAAUGCAGGAGGGGAGGCAAAAGGUGCUGCUGGCGCUGCCACUGGCAAAGCGAAGAAAGGGGAGGGGAAGAAGGGCGGAGGGGGAGGGGGGAAAGGGGACUAAGGGCGUAUUUCUACUAAGUUGGAUCCAGCGAAGUUGGAUCCAGCACGCAUGGUCCAGAGUUGGGCAAGUGUCGAAAAUGCGCAUUCCAGUGUGAUUCAGAUCGGUAAUGCGCGCAGUGGGAUCCAACUUCGCUGGAUCUGACUUGGUACGCCCAAAGAUGGGUAUGCUCCUGUUCUGUUGUCGUUGGUACUUUGCUCUCUGCCGAUUUGCUGAGCUGGCAUUGACACCGGUGCAGAGUCGAUUCCCCAGUAUGACUUGUGAGCUGCUAGGAGGCAUGUUGGUAGGUGUUUGCAUGAAGAACCUUGA